UACAAUAUCUGCUCCGGAAAUUAUGCGUGUAUCGUCAAACUAGAUAAAGCAUUUAGCUGCCCUGUCCACCUGUGUUGUUAAAUUUUACUACUAAAUACUUCUAUAAAUUCCGAAACUUUGAAAUAUUUUACAUUAUAUCAAAUUAAACAUGUACAUUAGAAGAUAGUUUAUUUGGCGGUGAGUGGAAAGCGGAGCAAUCGAUCUCGUCACGAAUUUAGCUAGUUUCGGUUAGCAUCUGUUCAAAAUAAAGCCAUGAGUUUGGCAGUUGGACGCGAACCCAGGAAGACUGCGGGAAACCGCAUGUCGAAACUACUGGAUGCCGAAGAAGAGGACGAAUUCUACAAGACCACAUAUGGAGGUUUCCACGACGAAUCAGGAGAUGACGAAUAUCACGGGGAGCAUUCGGACACGGAGGACGAGGUGGACAGCGACUUUGACAUUGAUGAGGGUGACGAGCCGGACAGCGACCAGGAGGAACAUGCACCUCGGAGGAAAAGUCGGGUCGUCACUAAAGCUUAUAAGGAACCCAUAAAGGUGGUGAAACCCAAACCUAAAAGACCCAAUGAGGAACAGAGAAGGACGGAGAAAACCAAAGUGGAGCUCAGACGAAGAAUUCCACCAGAGUUUCAAGAUUUUGCUGAAACACGCAAAUCCGUGCGUCAGUCCACCAGCGAGCACACGAGGAAAACCAACCUACGCUUACAGGAGCGUCAGGAUGCUCCUCGGAGACGGAGAGGUGCUCACCGCGACCGACCGCUGACUCAGGAAGAGCUGCUGGCAGAAGCCAAAGUAACGGCAGAGGUCAACAUUCGAUCUCUGGAAAACUACGAACGUUUGGAGGCAGACAAGAAGAAACAAGUCCACAAGAAGCGUCGUUUUGAGGGACCAACCAUCCGUUACCAUUCUGUCCUCAUGCCUCUCGUCUCUCAGCCUCUCCUGAAAGAAGAAAACGUUGAUGUUGAAGGUCUGGACCAGGACGUUUCUCAGAACGCUCCACAGAAUCCUGCCGCUGCGUCCCAGCAGCCCCCUGGAGGCCUUUGCUCCAGGACUUUUAUGACGUUCAGCGACGAAGAAGCUUUUGAGGUGGCGUUUCCUCACAGAGCCCGGUUGAGUCGUCCGCUUCCAGUGCAGGAAGUUUGCCCGGUGACCCACAAGGCUGCUCUGUACCGCGACCCGGUCACAGAUAUACCUUACGCCAACGCACGAGCCUUCCGCAUUAUCCGAGAGGCAUAUCGGAAAUACGUGGCGGCUCAUGGGUUUCCAAACACGUCAGGAGGGGACUCCUCUGGGGUGAAGGGGAACCGCCAGAAAAUGGUGGUCAAACAGACUGCAGUUACCACAUAAGCUGGACAUUAAUCAAUCAAAACCUUAAUUUUUUAGCUUAAAUUUGGUUCUUAUGUGACUGAUUAGCUGGUUUCCACUUAGACGAGUUGUAUCAGAAUCUACUACCAGACUUCCAUCGGCAGCUGUUCAUAUUCUGUUUCUUUUUGUUAUACUUGCUGUGAAUGUCCAUACCUUGUUCUGAUACAAAUAAACAUUUUAAAGUUUAA